UCACAUAACAACUUUGAAGGAGCAAUUCCUAAUACUUUUAGACUUUUUCAGUCAUUGAUGGUCAUAGACAUUAGAGGAAAUCCUAAAAUGAGAGCCCCGGAAACCGAAGUCAAUAUAACUAGCGGAAAAAUUCAGGAAUUCAUGCGCGUGAGUCAAUAUAUCCGCCAGAAAAAUGUUGCCUACAGUUGUCCUAUUGGGAUGCUUACUUCAACCAAUGGGAGCGUUCUGUUUGAUCCGAGUUACUAUGACUACACGUUUUGUUUAUGUGGAGAAGGUUUUUAUGGAAGUUUAGGCACGUGUAAGAAGUGUAUGUUUCAUGGAAAUUGUUCUGGCGARCCACGACUAAAAGACAAAAGUAGUCAACAGAUCGUGAUGACCAUGGCGCGUGGCUUUUUCCCAUCGCCUUCUGCGGAGAACGUAUCUCAUCUUGUUGAAUGUCCACGACUACCCAGUGAAAACGACUGGGCGUGUAAUCCACGUGGUGACUGUGAAUGUUGGCUAAACGAAACUUCUMAUGCUACUGUCUGUGAUAAGUCGUGUAUUUGUCACAAAGGAAGCACAGACUGGUUGUGCUCGAAGUGUCUUCUGGGAUACUACAAGUCAGGUUCAUUAUGCGUCCAGUGUUCCACUGAUUCAACYGAACUCAGUUUAUACUCGCUCAUUCCUGUUGUAAUCAUCUUCUUGCUGGCUAUGUGGAGUGUUACGYAUUUCUGCAACCAGAAACUUAAGGCAAGAUUUGUUGUUGCAGUUACUGAAGUAGUCUUUUUAGUUAUAUUAAGAUUGGCCAAAAUAAUCGCCGGAUGGUUUUUAGAAGUUGGUUUAGUGCUUUUGUUCUUUAGCGUGGCGGGAAUAACAAAAAACACACGAGGAGUGAUGUCAAUAUUAGUGUUCUAUAUCCAGGUUUUCGAUGCCAUGAUUUCUUCAAACAAUAGUCUCUUUCCAGAUCAUGCAAAAUUUAUCAUAUCCAUCCAACAYUUCAUGACCAGUGUCAUGAACCUGGACUUUACUGGAAUUUCAUGCAAAUUCCCAUUCUUGUUUACACCGCUUGGCAACUACCUUCUCAUCUUUCUGUUUCCAAUAGCAUGCUUACUGUUAGUGUGGCUUUUUUACUGCUUUCGAGCUGUAAUUACGACUAUCUCGAGGKCGGAUGGGCAAGAACAGGGCAAUAACAACCCUCUCCAAGACACCCUCUCCUCUUGCAAAAAGAUCAGCAUAGCAUGUCUGUGCCUAACGUUUUUUCCAGUUAGUAGACAAACCAUUGCACUGCUAGCUCCCUGUGAGCACGAUGGUUCUAAGUUGUACCUACGUAUAGCACCUUGGAUUCGGUGCACGGACGAUGAUAAGAUAUAUCCAACCCUGCAACUUCUAGGAUGGCUCGGAGUGAUGAUUUAUGUGAUCGGUGUUCCGGUACUUUUGCAGUCGUUGCUUAUUUGGUACAAGAUUAAGAAAGAUGCAUUUACUGACGAAAACAAGCGACUAUGUGAGGCAUGGUUGGGCGCCAUCUUUCUUCCAUAUAAAGAAAACGUCCGGUGGUAUUUUGAAACAUUGAGGCUUUUGGUAAAACUUUUCAUUGCAAUAUUUCUGGCGGUUUUUGCUAACACAAGCACCAUUCAGACUUUGACCGUUUCUGUUGUUUUGUUGGCGGCUUUGAUUUAUCAUCUAAAGUGCGAACCCUAUGAUGAAAWCGCGACUGGAAAGUCUUUUGAAAACUUUCUGGAAGUAAUGACGCUUUCCGUUCUCCAUAUUUCAUUUGUCAUGCUUCGGUUUGCAUCAUUUACUAGAGACCCCGACUCAGUCAGCUUCCURGUUUGGACAGUUAUUAUCUUAAAUAUUGGUGUGAUAGGCUGCUUUAUUGUAGCUAUACUAUCUGUGGUCAUCAAUUCAUGUUGCAAUAAUAAUGACGGGGAAGGAGAACGCCAGCCUAUCUUGCAAGNUAUUGGACUAAAAUAA